GUUACGAUGUCAACCUCUCAAGGAGUCAAUGUGCUCCGAUACUCGGCUCUCAUCGCUGGUCUCUUCUACGGGUUCUACCACCAAAGAACAAUUACAUCAAAUAACGCAGCUACACAUGCUCAAGCCGAAUACCAACACAAGGUUGAUUUAAUACAAAAGGCAAAGCUCGAAUGGGCCAAGAAGACUCUACCUCCUUCAGCGGACAGCGGCAAUGUUGACUUCAACGAUAAGAACUUUGACCUAGAAGCGUACCUCACUAAGCUCUCGGCGGAGAAUUAA